AUGUCAUCGAGGGGGGAGAUGAACAGAAUGAAUAGCGUUCUGCCGCCGUUUGUAGAAACGAUUGACAUCAACCAAAUUGAGCAGAUUGCCACCGUGGGGAAAGGUUCGUUCGGUACGGUGAUCAAAGCGAAGUGGAGAUCACCGUACGGCGACAAGUUCGUCGCCGUCAAGUACAUCGAGGACAUCUCGGAACAGCAUGCGUUCAUCACGGAGGUGAGCCACCUUUCGCGCGUGGCCCACCCGAACAUCAUCGAGCUGUACGGUGCGUGCACGGAGAAGCCCCACGUCUGUCUCGUGAUGGAGUACGCCGAAGGAGGCUCACUGCACAAGGUGCUCCACAGCCGCCCGCGGCCGGUCUACACAGCAGCACACGCCAUGAGCUGGGCGCGCCAGUGUGCGGAGGGCGUGGCUUAUCUGCACGAUAUGACACCGAAACCAAUGAUUCACCGAGAUUUGAAGCCUCCGAAUCUGCUGCUGGUCAACAAUGGGACGGUGCUAAAAAUUUGCGACUUCGGCACGGUCACGGACAAAUCGACGCUGAUGACGAACAACAAGGGCAGUGCCGCCUGGAUGGCGCCGGAAGUGUUCGAAGGGUCGUCCUACACGGAAAAGUGUGACGUCUUCAGCUGGGGCAUCAUCCUGUGGGAGGUGAUAGCACGGGAGCAACCGUUCAAGCACAUCGAUACCUCGUUCGCGAUCAUGUGGCGCGUCCAUCAGGGCAGCCGGCCACCGCUGAUCGAGGGCUGCCCGAAACCGAUCGAGCAGCUGAUGGUACGGUGCUGGAGCCAAAACCCGAACCAGCGGCCAUCGAUGAAGGAGGUCGUGAGUGUUAUGAACGGGCUCUGCAAGAUGUUUCUCGGUGAAAAUGAACCGAUCGGGGAAGAAAUUCUGUCGGAUGAUGAGGAGGAGUCGUACAGGAUGGAUUAUCACAUCGACAGCAACCUGUCCGAGGGUACAAACUAUGGCACGGACUCGAACAACAGUAGUCGCGAAACGAUCACCAACAGGAAUUCAAUAAUCCAGCGAAUAUCCGCACCACCCGCCAAGGGUAGUCCUCGGAUGCCGGCGGUAGUGCUACCACCCAUCUCGGUCGAUGUUAUUCCGUACGAUGUGCCCAUGGAACUGGAAAACUCUAGGCUGUCCUCAGCCAACAGCCAAGGAGUCGAAGGAUUAACCGUUACGAAAUGCACCAACGGGCCACUGGACACCGUGAGCAGUAUCAACCGGUCGAUAAAUUACGCCAGCAGUUCGGUGUCCGGUGCCGACAUACCGAGCGGGGCCGGACACAGGCCAGUUCCGUCCGCGUUGCUUCAACAGACUACACCGGGCAUGGAAGCCGGCGAGCAUCCCAGCACCAAGGACGACGCUGGGGAGGACGAGGACGAUGGACGGGGACCCACGAAUAUGCCAAAUCGAGAACCGAACGAGAAAGCCCUUGACGAUACGCUGUACAGUAUUCUAGACCAGAACCUACGACCGCUAACGCCGGUGCCAAACAAUCCGCUCUCGGAGCAGAUACACAACGAGCACAAAGUGUUGGUUCAAAAGUAUUUCGAGUUUGAAACACAAAUCGUGACCAGCAUGGCGCAGCGAGAAAUGCUGCAAAGUAACAUGCAUCCGGAGGAGUUGCAGUUGAAAAAAGCGUACAUAAAGCGCCUCGAGGAACGGGAGGCGCUGCUUAAGUUUAAGGCGAACCUACAGAAGCAGCUGAAUGAAAAAAAUCGACAACAGCAGGCGAGGCAGAGCCAGCAGCAGCAGCCGCAGCAGCAUCAUCAUCAUCAUCCGCCGGCACCGCCACCUUUGCACCGGCAGGAGUCAGAUUCGGAAUGGGUGAUCAUACAGUCGCCCGAUUCCAGACCAAAGACAGAAAGCCAUCAUUGAUUCAGCCUCUAGUAGUAAGGACGAAU